GUUCACAGUAUACAGUCGACUGGUUGGCAAAGGUCAGUAGCAGAGAUGCACCUUAAUCGCCCCAGCCAUCGUAGGCAACAACACCAGCGAUGAUGACGGUUCUCGAAAAGGCUGGCGGCGAUGGUUCGUGUUUCCACCUCCAAACCCGGACAAGCAUCGCGCAUUGCCAGACUACGACAUCUACGCCAGCAGAGUCAGCAUCAGUCUAUACGGCUCGAUGGCCUCGCGUGGAACCAGCGAGGGGAGCAAUUACGAGGUCUUUCGGGAAUGUCUCUCCAGCGCAAUCGUACAAAGAUACGAUAAUGGCAGACCGAACCGGGUAGUAAAGCGAAAAGCACAGAAAUCCAAACGUGGCACCAGGAAACUCGCUACUGAUGGAGCUGGCACCGAUACCACGGAUACGGGUCCCUUACCUCUACCAUCUCGCGUGAAUCCAGAAGAGUUGGCCGAGUUCAUCGAUACAAAUACGCCCCUCCCCGCUCCCCGCCCCCUCCUCGAGUCUAUAACAGCCACCGUCCCCGUCGCCGUCUGCGACUCCCUCUCCGUCUACGGCCUCGUCCCCGAUCCCUCCGACGUCCCGGACUUCUUUUCGCCAGUGCUGAGCGAGUACGUGGCAAGCGUGACCGCCGCGCCGCCGGUAUGGGCGACGACGCGCACCGACGCCUGCGAGAUCUGCGAGCGCGACUGGAUCCCCCUCUCGUAUCACCAUCUGAUUCCGCGCGGGGUGCAUGCAAAGGUGCUCAAGAAGGGGUGGCAUGAGGAGUGGAUGCUGAAUAGUGUGGCGUGGCUGUGUCGGGCGUGUCAUACUUUCGUGCAUCGGAUGGCGAGUAACGAGGAGCUGGCGAGGGAGUACUAUACCGUCGAGAGGAUAAUGGAGAGGGAGGACGUGCAGGAUUGGGCGAAGUGGGUGGGAAGGGUGAGGUGGAAGGCGAGGUGAAAGCUACUACCUAGAGUUUGGGACCAUGCAAUUCUUCCUUGAGAUUAGAUUUAGCGACGUAGUCUUGUCUUGA